AUGGUCGUAACCACUAGGGGGAAUCCUAGAAGAGAUCGAGAGUUUGAAGAGUCUAGACUUCGUUCAGAAUCAGAGACAAGUAUGGCUGGUUCACUUCCAAUGAACACUCAGCCACAAAAUCUUAUGAAUGGACAACAAAGCCAAAACGGCAUCGGCCGAGCAACAGCCAUCGACCCCAACCAUGUGGUGGUCGAAGAUGUUAAGGAAGCUAAUAGAGGACCAGUCUUGAGGCAGAAUCCGGCCACUUCACUAGAGAUCCAACAGCUCAUCUGA